AUGGGCGAGAACAGCGGCCCGCUGAGCGCGCAGGCGGCCGUGGGCCCCGGAGGGCGCGCGCGGCCCGAGGUGCGCUCGGUGGUGGAUGUGCUGGCGGACCACGCGGGCGAGCUCGUGCGCACCGACAGCCCCAACUUCCUCUGCUCCGUGCUGCCCUCGCACUGGCGAUGCAACAAGACGCUGCCGGUCGCAUUCAAGGUGGUGGCGCUGGGGGAUGUGCCAGAUGGGACAGUGGUGACAGUGAUGGCAGGCAAUGAUGAGAACUACUCGGCAGAACUGCGCAACGCCUCGGCCGUCAUGAAGAACCAGGUGGCCAGGUUCAAUGACCUGCGCUUUGUGGGGCGCAGCGGGCGAGGGAAGAGUUUCACCCUGACCAUUACUGUGUUCACCAACCCCACCCAAGUGGCCACUUACCACCGAGCCAUCAAGGUGACUGUGGAUGGACCCCGGGAACCCAGACGGCACCGGCAGAAGCUGGAGGACCAGACCAAGGUGUUCCCCGACCGCUUCGGAGACCUGGAACGGCUGCGUAUGCGGGUGACUCCGAGCACACCCAGCCCCCGAGGCUCACUCAGCACCACCGGCCACUUCAGCAGCCAGCCCCAGACAACCAUGCAAGGGACCCCGGACCUGAACCCCUUCUCCGACCCCCGCCAGUUUGACCGCUCCUUCUCAGCCCUGCCUGCCCUCACAGAGAGCCGCUUCCCAGACCCUCGGAUGCACUACCCAGGGGCCAUGUCGGCCGCCUUCCCCUACAGCGCCUCACCCUCAGGCACCAACAUCAGCGGCCUGGGUGUGGCGGGCAUGCCGGCCACCAGCCGCUUCCACCACACCUACCUCCCGCCGCCCUACCCCGGCGCCCCGCAGAACCAGAGUGGGCCCUUCCAGGCCAACCCGUCCCCCUACCACCUCUACUAUGGCGCGUCCUCCGGCUCCUACCAGUUCUCCAUGGUGGCCAGCAGCAGCAGCGGGGGCGACCGUUCCCCCAACCGCAUGCUGGCCUCCUGCACCAGCAGCGCCACCUCUGUCACCACUGGCAACCUCAUGAACCCAAGCCUUGGCGGCCAGAGCGAUGGCGUGGAGGCCGACGGCAGCCACAGCAACUCGCCCACGGCCUUGAGCACACCAGGCCGCAUGGACGAGGCAGUGUGGAGGCCCUACUGA